AUGAAUCGCUUCAACGGUCCUGCUCCAAAUCAGUAUAACUUACCACCGGCAUUCGGUUUCGAUAACCAUGACCCUCGAAAAGAACGAAAACCGAUGUACUCGAUGAGAGCACGAACUAACACCACUUACAAAACGCCAGGCCCGGGUCCUGGUGCACCGUAUGAAGUGCAGAAAUUGACACGUUUUGGCCGUACACAGGAAGUGUCCUACUCGAUGCGGCUGCGGUUGAACCCCCCGAAGCAAGACCUUGUUCCCGGCCCUGACCAUUACGCCACACACCUCGUUCCAGCAAUGAACGGUAAACGUGCUCCACAUUACAGCAUUCGAGCACGGUUGAAGGACCCGAAUAAGGACGAUUUUCCCGCACCGAACAAGUAUCUAGGUGACUUCCGUGUUGUGCGCCCGACAGCACCCUGCUAUACGAUACGAGCGCGACACAAGGAAGCAUCAGUGUUGCAGUCGCCUGGCCCUGACCAAUAUAUUCUUCCAACCUGUGAUGUAACACACAAGCGGCCUCCAAAUUACACGAUCCGGGCACGAUUUCCUCCGAUUGUCGACCGAAACCCCUAUCCCGGACCCGCCAGUUACGGACUGAUGGACCAACAAGUGGGUGAAUCGGCUCCAAGCUACAGUUUCCGUGUGCGCUAUCCACACUGGACUACUCCCAUGAUUGUGCCGGGCGAUCAGUGUUGA